AUAAGCAAUCGAGAUUAUCUAAUUCCCACAUAAACAUUGUUUGUAAUUAGAAUAACUAGUAGUUAGUUAACAGACAAUUAGAAAAUUUACAGUUUCUAAAAAAUGAGAGCAAGGCAGUUUAUCCCAGCAAAAAGAGUUAAAUUAUUAUUUAUACCUUCAAUUUUUUACAAUUCAAGCAGACGUAUAAACAACAGCUCUAAUGUUCUUACAACUAAAUGUGAUCGUUCCUCCAAAACAUUUAAGCAAAACCAAAGCCGAAUGUUGGACCUUGUGACUCACUUAAAAGACGAUACUUGCAGAAUAUUAAGUGGAGGUGGCGGAAAAUCUGUAGAAAGACAUACAUCUAAAGGAAAACUGCUUGCUAGAGAUCGUAUUAAUUUAUUGCUAGACAAAAACAGCGCCUUUUUAGAAUUAUCAACAUUCGCUGGCUAUGAAAUGUACGGCAAAGAUGAAGUGAAUGCGGGUGGUAUUAUAACUGGAAUUGGAAAAAUCUGUGGGAAAGAUUGUAUGAUUGUGGCUAAUGAUGCCACUGUGAAGGGUGGAACAUAUUAUCCAAUAACAGUUAAAAAACACAUUAGAGCCCAAGAAAUUGCUCAACAAAAUAACCUACCGUGCUUAUAUCUGGUUGAUAGUGGAGGAGGAAACUUGCCACAUCAAGCAGAUAUAUUUCCUGACAGAGAUCACUUUGGAAGAAUAUUCUUUAAUCAAGCAAAUAUGUCUUCUUUGGGAAUACCACAGAUUGCUGUAGUCCUGGGUUCAUGUACAGCUGGUGGAGCUUACGUUCCUGCAAUGGCAGAUGAGUCAAUAAUUGUAAAACAACAAGGAACUAUAUUUUUAGCUGGGCCACCUCUUGUUAAAGCAGCAACUGGUGAAGAGAUAACUGCAGAAGAACUUGGUGGAGCAGAUGUUCAUUGUACAAUAUCUGGUGUUACAGACCAUUACGCGUUCAAUGAAGCACAUGCGUUGCAUAUAGCUCGAGGGAUAAUUAAAAAAUUGAAUAUCAAUACUCAGUCAACUUUUUCUGAACCUUUUGAAGAACCGCAUUAUGAUAUUGAAGAUCUCUAUGGCAUUUCGGAUCCCGAUUUAAAAAAAUCCUUUGACAUUAGAGAGGUAAUUGCUAGAGUCUUUGACGGUUCCAAAUUUGAUGAAUUCAAAAAGAAAUUUGGAGAAACACUAGUCUGCGGAUUAUCUAAAUUAUACGGAAAAGUUGUGGGUGUUAUUGGCAAUAAUGGAGUCUUGUUUUCUGAAGGCGCAAUCAAAGGUGCUCAUUUUGUUCAGCUGUGUUGUCAACGCAAUAUUCCGAUAAUCUUUCUUCAAAAUAUUACAGGGUUUAUGGUUGGUAAAGAUGCAGAAGCAAGUGGUAUUGCAAAACACGGAGCAAAGCUAGUUACAGCAGUUGCUUGUGCUGCAGUCCCCAAACUAACAGUUAUUAUUGGUGGUUCCUUUGGGGCUGGAAAUUAUGGGAUGUGUGGAAGGCCUUAUUCACCAAGGUUUUUGUACAUGUGGCCAAAUGCAAAAAUAUCAAUUAUGGGAGGAGCUCAAGCUGCAGAUGUUUUAUCACAGGUCUCAAGCAGAAACAAAAAGACAGCAAAGGAACAAGAACUGUUUAAGAAUGAAAUAAUACAAAAGUUUGAAAGAGAAGGUUCACCAUAUUUUAGUAGUGCAAGACUGUGGGAUGAUGGAGUCAUUGAUCCAAAAGAUACAAGAAAAAUUUUAGGGCUGAGUCUUGCAAUUACUUUUAAUAAAAAUAUAGAGAAGAGUCAAUUUGGAGUGUUCAGAAUGUAAAAAUUAAAACUUCUUGAAAAACAAAAAUAAUUUUUAAUAAACAUACUUUUAUUUUAUUUUA